UCAAACAGAUUCAGCUCAAAGAGCCAAUUCAAAAAAGAGAGAGUUUGCACCUCAAAAAGUUCAGCUUAAAGCUACAAGAAUUUUCAGCAACACAAAAGGAAAUAAAACAGGUUUUAAUAUAUUUUGGAUCGAAACAGAGCUUCUUCAUGCCAUUUCAUUUUGGAUUCAAGUAGCUCUUCAUGAAAAAUGGCUACUGAAGCUGAUAUUGUAGAAGCUAUGUCUCAUACGAAAAGAGAAGUAGAAGCAGUCACAUACUUAACUGCUGCUGUUCAGCUUGAAACCACAAAAGAUAUGAUCAAUAGCACCUUCGGGACCUCAGAGGGUGGAAAUUUUUUGGAACCAUUCUCAGCACACAAGGUUGCCCCCAAGGUUGCCAAUGAAGAGGUGAGUAGCUUUGAAUAUUACGAAGCUGAUGAACCAAUUCAAUCAGAAAAGGAGAAGUCAGAGAAUGAAAAGCAGCUUGGGAAAGGAGAACAAUUAGAGACUUUAGAAGAAACAAGAAAAGAAGGAAAUGAACAGACAGAAGAGAACACCACAACAGCUGAACAGGAUAACAGAAGCCAUGAUAUUGAGGAAGUAAGAGAAACUAGUCAAGAGAUGGCUAAGAUUGGAGAACCAGGACUCAAGAUUGAAAUAGAGGAAUCUACGGAGAAUAAGAUAGCAGAGGAGCAGCAUACUGAAGUAAUCUCGAAUCAACAGGCCUCCAUUGGAAAAAGCCAACCUAGUAUUGAAAAGGGCAUCAAGGGCUUGGAGGAAGAUGAAAAGCAAGAGAUAGUGGAGGACAAGAGUACUAGUUUAUCCGGUAAAGAAGUCCUCAAUGUAGACAAUAUCUCUAGUGUUGAUGCCAUAGAGAUUGAAGAAGAAAGAAGCUUCACAGGAGUACUGAUCAAGGAAGCAGAGAAAUCAUUUGAUUUAGUAGAGGAGAAGGUUCCUGAAGCAAUUGGAUCUAGCAAAGAAACAGAAACUGAAAAGGAUGAUAAAGAGAAGAUCAAAGAUAAUAGCAUUGCAAAUGACUCAAUCCCAAAUAUAGCUGCAAGUCAAGAAAUACGGAAUGAUGAAGAAGAAACAUCCAAAAGUGGAGAUGCUGAAACAGACAAACUUGAAAAGGCAUCCAUCACAGGAUUGAGCGUACAAGAAGCUGGGAUUGAAGAAGAGGAGAAACAUGAUGAGGCCCCAGUGGCUCCAGGCAAAGUGAUAAUCCAAGAUGAAAUUGAAUCAAAUGAGCAAGAGAAAGAUGGAGCUCCUGAGAUACUCAAUAUUGCCGAAGCGAGCACACUAGAUGUUACAAACCAAAAUGAUUUCCUUGAGAAAGCUUCACUGGCUGGUGUCACAUCAAGUGGAAAUGUUAACAACGAUGAGAUCUCAGAACAAAAGUUUGAUGCUUCAUCCAUAAUACAUGAAGAAGGUAUACAACAGAAAGAUGAGGGGCUGGAUCUAACUGAGGCUGCAGUUGAGGAGGUAAGAGAUGUGGAAGAAUCUACAGUUGUGGUGGCUGAAGACAUUACCACUUCCAAACUCAUCCUUGCAGAAGACCACAAGGAACAGGAAUCAACAGAACACGAUGGACGCAUAGAACCCAGCUUAUUACAGCAAAAUGAACCUGAAAAUAAGAAGCCUGAAUUGAAUGUGAUUGCUGGGCAGCAAGAGACAGCAGCUUCGAAAGAUGAUUCCACAACAACUACCUAUGUCAAAGAAGAGAGUAAUGGAGCAGAAAGCACAGGGAAAGAUUCCAAAGAAGCACAAGUAGAUGAAAAUGAAGCAGGAAAGCCAAAAGAAGAGGAAAGCAGUACGAAAAUCAACAAAGAAGGCAAUGUAAAUGAACUUCCACCAGAAUAUAUUCAACAAGAUUCAACAGCAACAUUAAAAGUCGAUGGAGAUGAAGGAGAGGAGUCCAAAGAGGAGAUUCUUGAGGAAUCAGAAACAGUUGGAGCAGGUGAGAGCAUAUCAAGUGAGCAUGUUGAAAGAUGUGUUGAUGUUUCAUUAGUGAAACAAGAGGAAGUUAUGGAGGAAGAAGCUGAGGACUUAGUUCCGAUCAAAGCUUCAAUAGAGGACAAUAAAGUUGACACAUUUUCUGCUGAAUUGCCCAAAGAUGAUGGACAUGACAUAGUUGAAGAUACAGAGAAGACUGUGAAGGUAGAAUCAAAAGGUGAAGAGGAUUCAGAAAAGGCACUGCAAAAAGAUGAGCCAGAGGAAGCCCCAGAUACAGAAAAGAAGGAAGAAAAGACAGAAAAUUUGGAAAACACAGAUUCCACAAGAAAGGAGGUGAUAGAGAUCAGUAUAGCAGGGCAAGAAACUGAAGAACAAAUAUUAGAGGAAUUUACUAACGAAGGACCAAGCAAAGAGACUUCCAAAGAGAAUAAGGAGUUUGCUGCAUCGGAGACAGCACCUUUAAGUACAAAUACAGGAGAGCAUAACUCAGAGGAACAGACAAUCUCGGAACUCUCUUCUUCAUUAGCAGGAGAAAAAACAGUUGAAGAUAGCUCAAAGGGAGAUGAAAACAAUGCAAUAGGUUCAAAGGAAAAGAAAGAAGUCAAAAUUUCUGAAUUCAAAGAACAAAAUGUGGCAACAGAUUUGACAAAGGAAAAAGAGCCGGAAGACAGCACAGAGCCUAAUAGGGAUAACUAUGCUACAACAGCCACAAAGCAUUUAGAGGAAGAAAUACUUGCAGAAGAAGGCAAAGAAAACUUUGAUCAAAAUUCAGCGGUUGUGUCAGAGACUAAUGAGAAAUUAAUUGAAGAAGAGAUUCAGGACAAAGGAGUUACAAUAAAUACCUCCGACUCUGUGCCAGACAGGAUUGUGAGUGAAGAAAUAGGCUUGAAGGAAGCCGAACUAGAUAACAAGGAUCAGAUUAAAAAUUCUGACAUUGCUCUUGAAGAGAAGGAAUUGACAAGCAAUGUAGAUUCUGAAGUAAAACAAGAGCAAAAGUCAAGCGCAGAAGAGAGUGGAGAGGAGAUCCCAGCAACAGCAAGUGAAACUGUGGAGCAAACAGAAGAAGGAACAGAAGAAAUAGAAGACAAAACACCCACUGAAAAAAUUGGAAAUGAAGAAAAGAUAGCCAUUACUGAGACAGUCUUAGAUGAUAUACCAGAAGAUAAUCUCCAUGGACCUUCCGUAGUGCCAUCCAUUGAUAAUGAAGCCAAGACAAAUGAAGCAAGUCAUGUAUCAGAGGAGACCCCAGAAAAAGAUGAGUCUAUUAAACCGAGUGAUGUUCCUAUAUUGGAAUCUGAUGAUAUUGUGAGAGAGACUAAAAAUGAAGAAGUCCAAAAGCAGAGCGACGAAGAGCUGCAUAUAUCAUCAGAGCAAAUCUAUGAGAUAGCUAGCUCUGAGUCAGUAGAUGUGGGAACUUUAAAGACGGAAGAAGCUACUGACUUUGCAAAUAAAAAUGAGGUUUCUGACUUGGUGAUUUUGACAGAUGAAAAGCUAUCUAGCGAGGUGGAUACUAGUAAUGCAGUUGAUACACGCAUAGACAGUGAAAAGGCUAUCCAAGAAUACAAAGAGCCUGAAAAUAAGUUUGAAGACAGCUUGAAAAGUGAAGUAAAUACAGCUGUGGAAUGCGAAGCAAAUGCCAACAGGAAUGAUGAUCUUUCAACUAAAGAGGCUUUGGAGACUACAAAUGAAGGCCAAGAAACUGGAGAAACUGAUAGCAUCAAAGAUUACUCUCCAGAAUUUGCUGAGGAAGAACAACUUGAAGGGAGCACCAAUGAAGAUAAGGUGCUAGAGACCACUGUAGCAGGGCAAGAAAGUGAAGAAUUUGCUAACGAAAGACCAACUGAAGAGAAUUCCAAGGAACAUAAGGAAUUUACUGCAUUGGAGACAGCACCUUUAAGUACAAAAACAGGGGAUCAUAACUUAGAGGAACAAACAACCUCGGAACUCUCUUCUUCAUUGGCAGGAGAAAAAACAGUUGAAGAUAGCUCAAAGGGAGAUGAAAACAAUGCAAUAGAUUCAAAGGAAGAGAAAGCAGACAAAAAUUUUGAAUUCAAAGAACAAGAUGUGGCAACAGAUUUGACAGAGGAAAAAGAACCUGAAGACAGCAAAGAGCCUAAUAAGGACAGCUAUGCUACAACAAGCACAGAACAUUUAGAGGAAGAAAUACUUGCAGAAGAAAGCAAAGAAACCUUUGUCCAAAAUUCCUCGGUUAAGGCAGAGACUAAUGAGAAAGUGAUUGAAGAAGAAAUUCAGGACAAAGGAGUUACAAUAAAUGACUCUGACUCUGUGCCAGACAGAAUUGUAAGUGAAGAUAUAGGCUUGAAGGAAGCCGAACCAGAUAACAAGGAUCAGGUUAUAUCUGUCAUUGCCCCUGAAGGGAAGGAAUCGACAAGCAAUGUAGAUUCUGAAGUACAACAAGAGCAAAAGUCAAGCACAGAAGAGAAUGCGGAGGAGAUCCCAGCAUUGGCCAGUGAAAGUGUGGAACAAAUAGAAGACAAAUCACCCACUUCAAGAAUUGAAAAUGAAGAAAAGAGAGCCAAUAGUGAUAUAAUCAUAGAUGAUGACCCAGAAGAUAGUCUCCAAGAGUCUUCUACAGUUCCAUCCAUAAAAAAUGAAGCCUUGACAGCUGAAGCAAGUGAUAUAUCAGAGGAGACUUCUGCAAAGGAUGAAAUCCACCAUGAAAGUGCAAAAACUCCUUCUGUCGAACCAAAAGAAGAAGAGUUACAGUUGAUAAAUAAGGCUGAGUCUGUUAAAUCAGAUGAUGUUUCUAAAUUGGAAACUUACGACAUUGUGAAAGAGACUGAAAGUGAAGAAGUCCAAAAGCAGAGUGAUCAAGAGCUGCAUAUAUCAUCUGAGCAAAUCAAUGAGGUUUCUAGCUCCGAAAUUUUUAAAGAUGAAAAGCUGUCUAGCGAAGUCUCAACUAGAAAUGUAGCUGAUACAUGCAUGGAAAGUGAAAAGGCUAUCCAGGAAUGUAAAGAACCUGAUAAUAACUCUGAAGGAAGCUUGAAAAGUGAAGUAAACACGGCCACUGAAUUGGAAGCAAAUACCAACCCGAAUGAUGAACUUCCAACAAAAGAGGCUUUGGAGACUACUAAUGGAGGCCAAGAAACCAGAGAAACUGAUAGCAUCAAGGAUAACUCUCCAGAAUUUGCUAAUGAAGUACAACUUGAAAAAAGCACCAAUGAUGAUAAGGUAAUAGUUGGAGUGGAUACAACACCUGCAAGCACAACAAUAGGGAAACAACACUUGGAGGAACAGGACAUUUCAGAAAUUGCUUCUUCAUUGCUACAAGAAGAAACAGCUAAGGAAAUUUUUAAGGAGGACAAAGAUGCUGUGACAAAUUCAGAGCAGGAGAGAAAGGUCACAGACUUGGAUUCCAAGGAACAGCUUGAGGUAACAGAUUUGAGAGGGGAAACAAAACAUGAAACCUUAGAGGAGAACAUAGAGACAAAUAAGGACCUCUAUGUUUCGGGAACCGAAGAAGCUCCAGAGAAAGAAAUGUAUGCAGAAGAAAGCAACGAAGUCCUUGGUCAAGAUUCUUCCUCUGUAUCUGAUGUCUCUAAGAAAGUAAUUGAAGAAGAAAGUGAAGAGAAAGAACCUGCUGAACAUAAUUCCAAGUCUGUGUCAGAUGGAAUUGUGAGUGAUCAAUCAGGUGCCACAUUUGAUGUAAAGCCAGAGGAAAGUUCCAGCUCAGAAGAGACAAGGGAGGAAAUUUUAAUAGCAGCAAAUGAUCAUGGAAACAAAAUAGAGGAUAAAGUGGAGGAAAGCAUUGAUACCCGAACCGAAGAGGAAGAAAAGAUAACAACUAAUGAGAUGUCAGCUGGAACUGUGAGUGAUGAAUUGGGGUUGAUGAAAGGUGGACAAGAAGACGAGGAACAGGUGAAAAGUUUUACUAUUGCACCUGAAGAAAACGGUUCUGCAAGCAGCGCCACAUAUGAUGUGAAGCCAGAGGAAAAUUCCAGCAAAGAAGAGAAAAGAGAGGAGAUUCUAAAAGAAGCAAAUGAUAAUGGAGAAAAAAUAGAGGGUAAAGUGGAGGAAAGCAUUGAUACUCAACCAGAAGAGGAAGAAAAGACAACCUCUAAUGAGACAUCAGCUGGAACUGUGAAUGAGGAAGCAGGCUUGAAGCAUGGCAAACCAGAAGACGAGGAACAGGUGAAAAGUUAUACUAUUGCGCCUGAAGAUGGAGAAAAGAUAGAAGACAAAGUGGAAGAAAGCAUUCGUACUCAAACUGAAGAGGAAGAGAAGAUAACCUCUACUGAGACACCAGCUGGAACUGUGAGUGAGGAAACAGGAUUGAAGAAAGGGGAACCAGAAGACGAGGAGCAGGUGAAAAGUUAUACUAUUGCACCUGUAGAAAAGGAUUCCGCAAGCAGCGCCACAUUUGAUGCAAAGCCAGACGAACAUUCUGGCACAGAAGAGAAUAGAGAGGAGAUUCUAACAGAAGCAAAUGAUCAUGGAGAAAAAAUAGAGGAUAAAGUGGAGGAAAGCAUUGAUGCUCAAACUGAAGAAGAAGAAAAGAUAACCUCUAAUGAGACAUCAGCUGCAACUGUUAGUGAAGAAACAACAUUGAAGCACGGCGAACCAGAAGACAAAGAACAGGUGAAAAGUUAUACAAUUGCACCUGAAGAGAAAAGAGAGGAGAUUCUAACAGAAGCAAAUGAUCAUGUAGAGAAAAUAGAGGAUAAAGUGGAGGAAAGCAUUGAUACACAAACUGAGGAGGAAGAAAAGAUAACCUCUACUGAGUCAUCAGCUCGAACUGUUAGUGAGGAAACACUGUUGAAACACAGCGAACCAGAAGACAAAGAACAGGUGAAAAGUUAUACUAUUGCACCUGAAGAAAAGGAUUCUGCGAGCAGCACCACAUUUGAUGUAAAGCCAGAGGAAAAUUCCAGCACAGAAGAAAAAAGAGAGGAGAUUCUAACAGAAGCAAAAGAUCAUGGAGAAAAAAAUGAGGAUAAAGUGGAGGAAAGCAUAGAUACUCAAACGGAAGAGGAAGAAAAGAUAACCUCUAAUGAGACAUCAGCUGGAACUGUUAGUGAGGAAACAACGUUGAAGCACGGCGAACCAGUAGAUGAAGAACAGGUGAAAAGUUAUACCAUUGCACCUGAAGAAAAGGAUUCUGCGAGCAGCACCGCAGUUGAUGCAAAUCCAGAGGAAAGUUCCAGCAUAGAAGAGAAUAGAGAGGAGAUUCUAGCAGCAUCAAAUGGUCAUGGAGAAAAAAUAGAGGCUAAAGUGGAGGAAACCAUUGACACUGAAACUGAAGAGGAAGAAAAGAUCAUCUCUAAUGAGACGUCAACUGGAUCUGUGAGUGAGGAAACAUGGUUGAAGAAAGGCGAACCAGAAGACAAGGGACAGGUGAAAAGUUAUACUAUUGCACCUGAUGAUUCUGCAAGCAGUGCUACAUUUGAUGUAAAGCCACAAGAAAACUCCAGCACAAAACUGAGUGGCGAGGAGAUUCUAACAAAAUCAUAUGAUGGUGGAGAAGAAAUAGAGGAGAAAGUGGAGGAAAACACUGAUGCAGGAACAGUGGAAAAGAAGAUAACCACUAAUGAGACUUCCUCACAUGACAUACCAGGAGAUGAUCUCUUGACAUCUGAAGCUAUAGAGAGAUCAGAUGAGGUAACAAAUGUGGCAGAGGAAAGAAAACUUGAGAUCUUGGAGGACAGUGCUGGGCCAAAUAAGGAGAGCUAUGCUACAAUAGCCACAGAAGCCUUAGAAGGAGAAAAACUUUCAGAAGAAAGCAACAGUACCUUUGUUCAAAACUCUUCCUCUGUGGUUGAGGUCUCUGAAAAAGGAAAUGAAGAUGUGAUAGAGGAGAAAGCACCGAUUAAAAGCAGCUCUAGCUCUGACUCAACUGCAAUUCCAAUUGAAGAAACAGGCUUGAAGGUGGCAGAACCAGAAAAAAAUGAGCCGGUUAGAAAUUCUGAAAUUGAAUCCAAAGAAGAGAAGGGUCUGGCAACCUGUGCUGAAAUUGAAAUAAAACAGGAGGAAAAUUCAAACACGGAAGAGAAUGGGGAGAAAGAGAUCUCAGCAAUAGCUGAAAGUGGAGGAAAAAUAGGACAUGCAUUGGACGAAACCAGAGAAACAGAUAGUGUCGAGGAUCAUUCUCCAGAAUCUUCCAAUAAAGAACAACCAGAAGAGAACACCCAAGAAGAUAAAGUAUUGGUUGGAAUAGAGACAACACCUUCAAGUACAAAUACAGGGAAACAGGAGCUAGGGGAACAGGAAAUGUCAGAAAUCUCUUCCUCUUUGAUAGGAGGAGAAAAACCUGAGGAAAUCUUGAAGGAUGACAAAAAUGCUUUGAUGAAAUUAGAGAGAAAGGACACAGAAUUGGAUUUUAAAAAACAACUUGGUGUAACCUUAGAGAAGAAAGAAGAGUCAUAUGAGGAUCUCGAUACUACAAGAACGAUAGAAGCUACAGAGGCAGAAACACAUGCAGAAGAACCCAACACAAUCCUUGUUGAAUAUUCUUCCUUUGUGUCAGAGGUCACUAAGCCUGAGAAAGAGAUUGGAGAAGAAAUUAAGGAGGUAGAACCUGCUGUAUAUAAUUCCAACUCUGUGUCAGCUGGGACUGUGAGUGAAGAAAUAGAUUUGAAGAAAGGCAAACCAGAAGAAAGGGACCAGGUGAAAAGUUAUACCAUUGAACCUGAAGAAAAGGGUUCUGCACCAGAGGACAGUUCCAGCACAAAAGAUAAUAUGGAGGAGAUUCUAACUGCAGCAAACGAUCAUGGAGAAAAAAUAGAGGAAAAAGUGGAAGAUAGCAGUGGUACUCAAACUGAGGAAAAAAAGAUAACCACUAGUGAGACAUCCUUGCAUGACAAACCAGAAGCUGAAGCUGAUCUCUUGACAACUGAAGCUGUGGAAAGCUUAGAUGAGACUGCUGCAGGAGAUAAGGUAUCUGAUUUGGCAGAGGAAACAAAACAUGAAACCUUAGAGGACAGUGCAGGGUCAAAUAAGGAGAUCUAUGCUACAAUCACCCCAGAAGCUUUGGAAGGGGAAAAAAUUGCAGAAGAAAGCAACAAAACUCUUGUUCAAAAUUCUACCAUUGUAGCUGAGGCCUCUGAAAAAGUAAUUGAAGAAAAUUUUCAGGACAAAGAGACUGUCUCGACUGGUAUUGUGACAGAAGAAACAGAUUUGAAAGAGGGUGAACCAGAGAACAUGGAGCAUAUUCAAAAUUCUGAUAUAGCUCCUGAAGAGAAGAUUCUGGUAAGCAAUGUAGAUAUUGGAAUGCCACAAGAAAAAAAAUCAAUCUUGGAAGAGGAUGGGGAGAAGGAGAUCCCAGUUGUAGCAUGUGAAAGUGGAGAAAAAAUAGGACAUGCUGAUAAGAACUUUGAAGCCAGCAUAUCAGAUGCUGAAGUGGUAAAAACCGCAACUGAAUUGAAAGCAGAAAACACCGAGACAGAUGAAAUACAAAAAGAAGCGAUCCCAGUGGUAGCAUGUGAAAGUGGAGAAAAAAUAGGAGAUGCUGAUGAGAACUUUGAAGCCAGCAUAGCAGAUGCUGAAGUUGUAAAAAGAACAACUGAAUCAAAAGCAGAAAACACCGAGAACAAUGAAAUACAAAGAGAAGAGAAUCUUGAAUCAGUUUAUCCUGGUCAGGUGCUUGUAUAUACCUCUGAAUCAGCCACCCAAGAUGAAAUUGAAGAAACACAUUCUCUAACCAAGGACAUUCAAACAGAGCCAGUGCCUAUUGAACAACAGGAGGUAGCACUUCAUGGCGAAUCAGAGAUGAAAGUAGAAACAGAGCCCAGAUUGACUGUUGAAGAUGAAAGCAGCGAAAUAGAAAGCACAAACGAGACCAUAAAGGCUGUUAUCCUUACUGAGGUCACUGAGGAAAUUGAGAAAGCGGAUAAAAGUGACAACAUUGAAGAACGGGUCAUAGAUAGAGAAAGCAACUUGACAGAACUGCAUCCAGCGUCUGUUGGAGAGGAGAAAGAAUCUGGGCUGGUACUUGGUGAAAAUCUAAAAGAGCCCGACUUCAAUGAGACAACACCACCUAUUGAUUCACAGGCAGAAGAAGACACAAGCAAGAAGGGAGAAAGUCCGGUCACUGAAGCACCAGAAAAAGAAAAGAUCCAGGAUAAAGGAAUAGAUCCUGUGGAUGUUUGUGUUGCCGUAGCUGAAGAAGGAAAGUAUGAAGAGGAGAUCAAAUGCGACUCAGCAACUGUAACAGAGGCAACAGCAUUAACAAACCUUGCAGAUGCUCAAGUGGUCAAUGAGACAGUCAAUACAUUUGAUACUGCAUCUGAAGAGAAUGUGCUCAAAUAUGAGCCUAGUGUAACAAGAGAUGGCAGCUUGAACCUUGAAAAAAGUUCCUCUAAUUUGGUGUCUCAACGUCUAGAUUUGGAUCACAGAGACACAGAAAGAGAGAAUGUCACAGGGGGAAACUCGGAUGAAGUUCAGGAAACCACGAAAGCUUCUGAAGUUGAAAAUACAGAUGAAACUAGGCCAAUCCCAGCUGUGGAAAAACUGGAAUGGGAUGAGAUUGAAGAGGAAAUCAAGGAAUCUUCUAACAUAGUGUCAACAUCCGAAAUUGUUAAUGACCAGGCUCUCAGUGCAGGAAUAUCAGAAGCGCAACUUCAAGUACAAUCUUCCACAUUCUUUGCUGAGGAAAAAGAGCAUGAAACUAAAACCACAACCAAGGAGCUUGAAAAAGAAAGCACAAAGGAAGUAGACAAGCAAGGUGAUGACAACAUUGAAGAAUCUUCUGUUACACAGAAAGAAGAGCACGAGGAGAUCAAAGUCUCUGAAUUGGAUGUGGAAAAGCUGGUUGCGAAUGAAACUGAAGAAGAUAUCAAAAAUGCUCCCGAGAAAGAGAGCAAGAAUGAAGUGGAAAAGCAAGAUGAUGAGAUAAUUGAAGAUUUUGGUACACACUUGCAGCAAGAAGAGCAGGAGGAGCUCCAAGUCUCUGAAUUUCCUGUGGAAAAGCUGGUUACAAAUGAAAUUGAAGAAGAUAUAAAAAAUGCUCCCAAAAAAGAAAGCACAAAGGAAGUGGAAAGGCAAGAUGAUGAGAGAAUUGAAGAUUCUUCUGCUACACGCUCGCAGCAAGAAGAGCACAAGGAGCUCAAAGUCUCUGAAUUGGAUGUGGAAAAGCAGAUUACAAACGAAACCGAAGAAGAUAUAAAAAAUGCUCCCGACAAAGAGAGCACAAAGGAAGUGGAAAAGCAAGAUAAUAAGAACAUUGAAGAUUCUUCUGCAACAAACUUGCAGCAAGAAGAGCACAAGGAGCUCAAAGUCUCUGAAUUGGAUUUGGAAAAGCUGGUUACAGAUGAAACUGAAGAAGAUAUCGAAAAUGCUCUCGAGAAAGAGAGCACAAAUGAAGUGGAAAAGCAAGAUGAUGAGUGCAUUGAAGAUUCUGGUACACACUUGCAGCAAGAAGAGUACAAGGAGCCCAAAGUCUCUGAAUUGACAGUGGAAAAGCCGGUUACAGAUGAAAUUGAAGAAGAUAUAAAAAAUGCUCCAGAAAAAGAAGGCACAAAGGAAGUGGAAAAACAAAAUGAUGAGAGCAUUGAAGAUUCUUAUGCUACACACUUGCAGCAAGAAGAGCACAAGGAGCUCAAAGUCUCUGAAUUUGCUGUGGAAAAGCCGGGUACAAAUGAAACUGAAGAAGAUAUCAAACAUGCUCCUGAAACAGUGUCCCAAUCUCAUUCCCAAAGCGUUGAAGCAGUUAGCAAAGAUGAAAUCAUAACCGAUCAGAUUCUUCCUGUCGAGAUUACGUCAGAGCAAUUUCAAGCAUCAUCUUCUACAUUUCUUCUAAAGGAACAAGAGCAAGGAACUAUCCCAACGUUCAAGACAAUAGAUGGAGAAAACAAAAAGGAAGUGGAAACGUUGGACAGUGACAGUAGCAAAGUUUUUGAUGUGACAAAAACAUCUGAAGAGGCAAUCACACAGAAGGAAGUGACCAAGGAGCUCAAACUCUCAGAAGGGGUUGCAGAAAUUUCAGGUGUAGCCAAAACUGAAGAAGAAAUAAAAGAAGCUUCUGAAACAUUGCCUAAAUUUAAUUCUGAAGAAUUUGAAGAAGUUACUAAAAAAAAAAUCAUCACUGAGCAGACACUCCCUGAAGAGAUAUCAAAAGAGCAGCUUCUAGUUUCAUCAUCCACAUUGCUUCCAAGGGAACAAGAGGAUGAAACUGCAACCACAACCCAGAAGGUAGAUGAAGAAAACAAGAAAGAAGUGGAAAUUCUAGGAAAUGAGAAAAUUGUAGAAAAAGAAGAGCCAAGGGAGCUCAAAGUCUCUGAACCGACAGUUCAGACGCUGGGAGAAGAUGAAAUUGAAGAAAAAGAGUACGAAACAGUGUCUGAGCACAGUUCUUCAACCGUUGAAGUUCUUGCCGGAGAUGAAGACAUUGCUCAACAGGUUCUCCCAGUUGACAAAGAUGAAGUCAUCAUUGAUCAGGCUCUUCCCGCUGGCCUAUCAUCAGAGCAACUUCAGUUGCCAGUAUCUACAUUGCUUCCCAAAGAACUAGAGCAUGACAGUGCAACCACAGUUAAGAAGACAGAAGAAGAAACAAGAGUGGUUUGUUCUCCAUUACAAAGUGAGAAAAUUACAGACAUAAUAGGAGAAAUUACAGAAACCACUAAUCUCGACAUUGGUUCAAGUGAAAUUCCUUCUAAUUUUGUCUCAGAAAAAGCUCAGAAUGAUGGACUGUUCACCAAAACAGAAGAUAUUGAAGUCGACGAAAGUCAUCUUAAGGUGGCAAAAACUGAUUCGAGGACUGAAGAAUCUCAGUCUGAGCUGAUAAUUGAAGCAAAUAAUGACAUCAAGAAUGAAAUUUCAGAUGAAAAGAUCAAGGAGGAUAAGGAGGCCACAAAUGGUUCUCAGCCAGUUUCUCUAGGUGAAGAAAAUGUUCAAGAGAGCCAUCAAGAAGUAGAUUCGGAAACUAAAGAACAUCCAGGAGACAAGACGGAUGGACCUUUUAAGGCUGCAACAAAUGAAAAUAAGCACAAAGAGUUAUCUGAGGCUGAUGAGAAGGAAGAAACAAAUGGAAACACCGAAAAGCUUAUUACAUCUGAAGAAGCUACAAGUGUCAAGGAUCAUGAACCGCUUUCCAUAGAGGACAGAACGAUAGAAGAGAACUCUCCAGCGGAAACAAAGGAGAAGAAUGUCAAGGAUGAAGUUCUGAACUUUGACACUGAAAACCAGAAAGAUGAAGUAAAUUUUGAAAACAGAACAACAGAGUUCACAAGCACAAGGGAAAAGGAAACGGUGGAGAUUCCACGAGAAGAAAGUGGUCUGGGAUUAACAGAAGCCGAAAAAAUCACUUCUGACAUUAAGCAGCUACAGAAAAGCUCUCAUGCAACAUUGGAAAUGCAGACUCCAAGAGAAGAAGAUCUCGACAGAAGCAGCACGGCAACAACAUUUAUAACUGCCGAGAAAGAUGUUCCACUUCCACCUACGGUACCAGACCCAAUUAAAGAAACUACACACAGGACCGAACUGAAAAAAACAGAACCUCAAAACGACACUUCAGUCGAUACAGAAAUAAAAGUAGUGGAACGUGGAAUAGAAGAAGAGAAGGGCGAGUCAGGUGGAAGAACAACAGAGACGGUAUCAUCAGCAGGAAAGCUUUCAUUAUCUGAACUCUUGCAGAGCACGACAAAGGUAACAAAGCGAGAUGUGAUCGAAGAAAAAGAAGCAAAAAGCAGUAAAGAAGCAGAAGGAGAAGAAGAACAUCAAGGUGAAGCUCAAAAAGACGAUGAAGAAGGAGAAGAGCAUAAAGGGUCGUCGGAACCAGAAAGUGAUGCACCAGUCAUCGUAGAAGCCUCCAGAGACAUUGAUGUCAAAGUAGCACACAAGAAAUCUCAUAGCAUCCUUUCAGGUGUUGGCUCAAAGGUCAAGCAUUCGAUUUCCAAGGUGAAGAAAGCAAUUACCGGAAAAUCUUCACAUUCAAAACAGGGUGCUAAGAAACCAGACGAUCCCAGCAGUUGAAAAAACCAUGUGGAAAUCCGUAAAUAUUUAUUUAGUUUGGGUGUGAUGUGUGAUUAUGCAUCUUGAAUAGUUAAUGAACAUUCAUUUUGUAAAAGUCCAUUCAAAAGCUUUAGAUUAUCAAAAUGGCAGUCUGCCAAGGACAAUACCAUACGAUUUUGUUUGUGUGAAGCAAAUUUGAGUAAUUACAGCUUAAGCUCACGAGUUUUUUGCA